AACAAAGUAUUCGAGGAACAAAAUGUUUUAAGUAGUUUAGCAACAGAAGAAAGAAAAAGGCACACAAACGACAACUAGAAACAAAAAAAAAACGAACGAACGAAGGCAAAAUUGUAAAACUAAUCAUUGGAUAAAAUUUGCGAAAUUUGUGGCAAGGAAUUGAAAGAAGGGAGAAAAUAGAAAACAGCACAAACGAAGUUUUUUUUUUGGAAAGCAGAGACUAUUGUCCAAAGUCGUCGCCAGUAAAUCACGUACAACUUUUUUGUAUAACUUAAAUUUUGCAAUAUGCCGCCAAACGCCGCUCCCCCCACUCCAGCAUUAUCUGAAUCCCUUUUGGCCAGUGCCAACAUUGAUGGCGCUAAUCCAAAAGUUCUGCACGAGGCCACAACUGGUGUUCUCUUCGAACAGGAUGCCGAAACCAUCGAUGGUGGCUUGGUUAAGGAUAUUGAAAGAUUGAAAAAAGCCGAAAAACGUAAACUGAAAUUGGUGUGGCGUAAUAUCAUUGCAUUUGGUUAUCUGCAUCUGGCUGCAUUAUAUGGAGCCUAUCUAAUGUUUACAUCAGCCAAAUGGCAGACCAUCGUUUUUGCUUUUGCUUUAUAUGUUGUCUCCGGUCUGGGUAUUACGGCCGGUGCCCAUCGUCUGUGGGCCCAUAGAUCCUACAAAGCCAAAUGGCCAUUGCGUUUGAUUUUGAUGAUUUUCAAUACGAUUGCAUUCCAAGAUGCCGCAUAUCACUGGGCCCGCGAUCAUCGUGUCCAUCACAAGUAUUCGGAAACUGAUGCUGAUCCCCAUAAUGCUACACGUGGUUUCUUCUUCUCGCACAUUGGUUGGUUGCUGUGCAAGAAACACCCUGAAGUCAAGGCCAAGGGCAAGGGUGUCGAUUUGUCGGAUUUGAAAGCUGAUCCCAUUAUUAUGUUCCAAAAGAAAUACUACCUGAUCUUGAUGCCCAUUCUUUGCUUCAUUUUGCCAACCAUGAUCCCUAUGUAUGGCUGGAAUGAAAGUUUCAUGAACUCCUGGUUUGUGGCCACCAUGUUCCGUUGGUGUUUCAUUCUCAACAUCACCUGGUUGGUGAACAGUGCUGCUCACAAAUUCGGUGGCAAACCCUAUGACAAAUACAUCAACCCCGCUGAAAACAAAUCUGUGGCCAUCUUGGCUUUCGGUGAAGGCUGGCACAAUUAUCAUCAUGUCUUCCCCUGGGAUUACAAGACCGCUGAAUUCGGCAACUAUUCCAUGAACAUGACCACUGGCUUCAUUGAUUUCUUUGCCAAAAUUGGCUGGGCCUAUGACUUGAAGACCGUGUCGGCUGAUAUCAUUAAGAAGCGUGUCAAGCGUACCGGUGAUGGUUCACAUGCCACCUGGGGUUGGGGCGACAAGGAUCAGCCCAAGGAUGAAAUUGAUAAUGCCAUCAUUAUCAACAAGAAAGAUGAAUAAAUCGUUAGACUCUAGCAAAAGACGUCCACACAACACACACAGAAAUCAGGGAAAAAACGAAAGGAAAAAAACGUGCUCCUAAAUACAAACUGAACCAAAACUGAAAAGCUAUGAGAACUAGAAGAAUGAAAACAAAUACCAAAAAAAAAAAAACAAAACAACAUUUUUAAAAUGACUUCUUUAAAUUACAAAUCAAAACAAAAACAACAACAAAAUGUCCUUUAAGUAAAACAGAGAAUAAUAAAGAUUUAAUCACAUUGAGCUGCUAAACAAACACCAGUGAAUUCCAAGAAAGAAAAAAACAAAUGCUUGCAUGAUGCACUGAUCUCACCACCUAUUAAGAAAAGAAAAUACCACCACCAAAUAAUUCACCUGCAGCGAACAAAUAGCCAAUCAGAAAAAUUUUUGGGAAAUAAAUUCACAGCAUGCUUUUUGUCCUUUUGUUUUAGUCGAAAUGAAAAUAAAAACAAACACCCAUUACUGUUAUGUCUGGCACAUUAAUUAAACAGAUUAACCACCCAGCCUACACAUUCAUCAUCAACCCCACAUCCUCCCCAUGUCGUCGUCCUGUCCAUAUGAACUUGAAUGAACUUGUAAAGCAACAAAACAAAAACACAAGAAGUAAUCAAACCAAAAUCAUUAUUAUACUAACAACUUUUUAUUAUUGUGUAAUUGUAAAAGCGUAAUUUAUACAUACAAGAGAUAAAAAGGAA